UGUGAGCCAUCGCUGGUGGUUUCUCAUUCAUGGAUAGCAGAUGUGUUCGUUACUGUUUACACUUAAACAGUAAAAGAAAGCAAAUGCCAGUAUCAGGCGACUGUCAGGAUCAAAGGUGUAAACGACAGCUUCAAAAGAGGUUUCUUUCAUUUCUCUUUUCAACUGAGGUGGUCCUGAAAUCUAGAAUAUUUUUGACCUGGUAUUAGGGUAACAUAAACUCUGUUACUUGGAAUCUUUGGUCCAUGAGCAUGAACAGAAGGAGGCUUGACGUGACCCAUCAUGACUCCCACGGAAUUCACAAUCUUUAUUCCUAAUAUGUCUGACGACUACAGCUACGAGUCCACAUCGUCCGUGGACGACUACAUGAACUUCAACUUCACUGAACUCUUCUGUAAGAAAAACAACGUCAGGCAGUUUGCGAGCCACUUCCUCCCUCCCCUGUACUGGCUCGUGUUCAUCGUGGGCACCUUGGGCAACAGCCUGGUCGUCCUCGUCUACUGGUACUGCACCAGGGUGAAGACCAUGACCGACACGUUCCUUUUGAAUUUGGCAAUUGCUGACCUUCUCUUUCUCAUGACUCUUCCCUUCUGGGCCAUCGCCGCUGUUGACCAGUGGAAAUUCCAGACCGUCAUGUGCAAGGUCGUCAACGGCAUGUACAAGAUGAACUUCUACAGCUCCGUGUUGCUGAUCAUGUGCAUCAGCGUGGACAGAUACAUCGCCGUUACCCAGGCCACUAAAGCCCAGACCUGGAGGCGGACAAGGCUUCUGUAUAGCAAGAUGGUUUGCUUGAGCAUCUGGGUGGUGGCAGUAGCGCUCUGCAUCCCGGAAAUCCUGUACAGCCAGGUCCAGAGGGAAUCUGACCUCACCAUCUGCACCAUGGUCUACCCUAGGGACGACAGUAUCAGACUGAAGUUAACCGUUCUGACCCUGAAGGUCAUCCUGGGGUUCUUCUUGCCCUUUAUGGUCAUGGUUUGCUGCUACACCAUUAUCAUCCACACCCUGAUGCAAGCCAAGAAGUCGUCCAAGCACAAGGCCCUCAGGGUGACCAUCACUGUCCUUACCGUCUUUGUCUUAUCUCAGUUCCCCUACAACUGCAUUCUGUUGGUGCAGACCAUAGAUGCCUACACCAGGUUCAUUUCCAACUGUGCCAUCUCCACCAACAUCGACAUCUGCUUCCAGGUCACCCAGGUCAUGGCCUUCUUCCACAGCUGCCUGAACCCCGUUCUCUACGUUUUCGUGGGGGAGAGAUUCCGCCGGGAUCUUGUGAAAACCCUGAAGAACUUGGGUUGCAUUAGCCAGGCCCAGUGGGUCUCGUUCACGAGGAGAGAGGGCAGCUUGAAACUGUUAUCGAAUUUGCUGGACACCACCAGCUCCCUGUGAGGGCGCCUCUCUCUGAAGCAGAUGGUCCUUUUGGAAGGAAGGAGACACAGUUUACCCACCGAGGGGGCCAGGGAGAAACCAAAGAGUAAAAUGGAAACGAGAAAAAAAAAAUGUCAGAAAGGAAUUCAAACUGAAUAUGUUUUCCAAAACAGAGUUUUCAAAACUGACCAUUCUAGAAGGCCACCGACUGACCCUCAUCUGUGAUCAUUGCAGUUUUCAGGGGAAGAUUAGUGACCAGCAGUGAGGCCCACCCUGGCUUUGCACUUGACUGGACAUUCAUGUCGUUGGCCUCUGGAGCAGGUGCUGGAUUUUCUAGGGCCUGUGAAUGGCUGUGACUUCCAAAAGGGGACUCAGGAGCACUGCCCACUGCCAUAGUCCACAAAGGCAGAAGGUUUCAUGAAAGCUCCCAUCUUCGGGAAGUUUCCUCCCUGGUUUUGGGCCAAACACCCGUGUCACAUCUUACAGAUUUGUGAUCUUGACUCUUUCCAAACCAUCUCAGACCUAAUUCUCCCCUGGUCUCCUUGAUCCCUUCUGGGCCGGGGGUGGGGGUGUGUGUAGGGGCCCUUGUUCCUGUUUUGAAAUUUGUCUGCAGGAUGAGCAGUGAGCCUCCUGGACAACUGGCCACACCACCAGGAGUCUGUUGGCUUCUAAGUCCUUUAUGUGACCUGAUGGAGGUUCUGUGACUCACCUUGGGGUUGAUGUGGGUGAGGAUUCAGGUGGUCCACUGAUACCCUGACAGGGAGAUUGACAGUCUGGAUUAGUGGGCACCAGCCCUGGCGUGGUGGCAGCCUCUCUCAGCUGAGUGGCACUUGCGGUUGGUCUACCCUGUCUGCUCCCUAUCAGAUGGGCUGGCUCUUUGGUCCUUUGGUCCUCUUCCUUGAGGCUACUGGAAGGGAUUCUGCCUCUGGGAUGCAUCUCCUUUUCUCAUUCCAUAGAGCUAAUGUUUAAAAAGCUUUCAACUUUGGAGAUUAGGCUGAAAGAUGUGUAAUAUAACUCACUUUGGGGGGGUAUGUACAGGGGAUUGAACUCAGGGGCACUGGACCACUAAGCCACAUCCCCAGCUCUGUUUUGUAUUGUAUUUAGAGACAGGGUCUCACUGAGUUGUUAGCACCUACCUGUUGAGGAGGGUGGCUUUGAACUCUCAAUUUUCCUGCCUCUGCCUCGGGAGCUGCUGGAAUACAGGCGUGCACCACAGCACCCGGCUCACUUUUCUUUUGUGUCUUUCUUUUCACUAUUUGACAAAUUUAUCACAUUUGAAAUCAUUGUACAUAUUGAAAAAGUGUUAUUAAAUGUCUUUAAAAUAUUCAUUACUUGCCACUUGCUUUAGCAUGUCUAAAUGUAUUGUGUAUAAUCGAAGAGCAAAUAGACAUAUAAUGGUCGUCAAGAGGAGGGAUUGGGUGAGGUAAUAAAAUCUCCAAGUACCUUAAAA